AUGAAUAUGUUGGAUGAUGAAGAUGACCAAAGCUUUCACGCUACGCGUGACGGCUACUCCCAUUUGAGCGAUGUCGAAUGGGAUGCGGUUGAACGAAUGGGUUCGACCAUGGACAUCCAUGCUGUUAGCGUCAUGCUAGAGGCUCUCAAUAGAGAUGCCCAACAUGCUACUAUCGCCAAGUUCAUUCAAAAUGAACUUGACGCUGAACGCGACAAAGUAGCCUUGCUUCACCAACAAGGUUCUCAACAAGCAGAGUUGUUGAGAAAACAGGGUGAUCAACGGUUUGAACUGUUGAGACAGCAGCAGGCUGCUGCUGGUGGGUCGAUGCACUCGUGUCGACCCGAGACUUUGAAGAUUGACAUCUCCAAGUAUAGGGGAGUCGAAGAGGACUCCCUCUUGAGAUGGUUCGUCGAAUUAGACGACGCCAUAAGGGCGCGUCGCAUCGACGACGGGGAUAUGCAAGUUGCAUUUGCCCCGUCAAAUCUGGCAGGACAUGCCAAGACUUGGGCACUGGGACUCAAGUUGCACGACCCAUAUGCGUUUGGGUCGUUAGAAGUCUUCAAGUCGCGGCUCAGAAAAACGUUUGAACCGCCUGGAGCUGAGUUCAGAGCUCGAACUAAACUCUUGAAGCUCAAACAAGGUAAGCGUGAUGUGCACGCUUAA